CUCUCUCUCUCUCGCGCGCGCACACAAACACUCACAUAAAUUUGGGUAAACAUCAACAGGGAGGGCUUUGUUUUCCUCCCUGCCGCCAAGGCGAGAGAAAGCGAGAAGAGUGAGCCUUCACGAGUUGCGCUGCUGGAAUCCGGAUAUGAUGAAAAUGUUUUAGACCUGAAGUGUCCCGAGUAAACUUACCGCAGCUGCGCGCCGAAAGAGUCAACAGAGGAUCAUGUUUUCGACUUUUGUACGUCAAAAACCAUCUGGAAUAUCUUGGACUACGAACGUCGAACAGUUAGAGUAGGGGUAAAACUGUCGGGUGUGAAGUUGUCUUGUUUUAUUUUUCCUCCUAACGUUUUGAGGAACGAGUUGAAGGAGGGAAAGAAGGAUGGGAAUAAGUCACAUUUGAACUCAAGUGAGAGAGUUGUCAUGUUUGAAAGGACUGAGGGCUGAGGAAAAGAAGGGAGGAACUACUUCUGCUGGUGGUGGUUUAUAAUUUUUUUUCUCCCUUCGAAGAGGACGACUGCCUCAUGUCCAAGGAGACUGUCCAUCCAUCAGAAGGGCCGGCGGGUCCAGGACAGGGCCCACGGCAAGAGACAAGUCCCCUGCUGUUAGCGUCACACGAUGCUUGUGACUGUGAAUCAACAGGAAGCGCGUCUUCUCCUAGGAAACAAUCCGCUGAAGGACAAAGUCUCGUGACGGAGGAGAAGCCUAAUUAUUGCAAGCCUGUGAGGACUCAGCCGCGGUCCGAGUCUGACCUGAAGCCAGCGCCUUCUGAGGAGGCGGAGCGAGAGACUGCCAAGGACCAAAAUGGCUUUCCCCACAACAGCUCCGGCACGCCCACAGCAUCCAACGCCAACGGAAUCCACUCCGGCAUCGGCAGCCCUGAGGGCACGAGGACGUGCACCUGCGGCGCCGGCGUCGGGGCUAGCGCGGCGGGCAGGUCGGGCCCCGGGCACGCGCCGGCGACAGCCAUGCCACAGACAGAGCAGCCCAGGAGGCAGCCGUCCAUGCCCGUGUCUCACAGGGUGCAGAGGAAGCUGAAGUCCAGCUUGUCGGUCAACAGUGACAGCAGCAGACGGAGCAAAGGCAGCUCCACGGGCUCGCAGAAACCUCCUUUACCAGAGGGUUAGUAAUCGGCACACAAUGUUGGCAAUUAAAGAUUAAAACGCAGUACUAAUUCGAACUAACUUUUCUGACUCCUAAUUAUAUAAUUCUGUCUCUUCAUCUCAGCUUGUGUCGACCCUAAUAUCAUUCUAACUUUGUUAGCAAAGCUUCGAGCAGCAGGAUUUAGUCAGGGAUGGUAAAGGCAAUUUAGACACUAAUGAUGAAAAUCGACCUUAUGGCCUGGUUAAACCGUUGGUGUCAUUUGGUGUCCAGUUUCUCACCCAAUAUGCCACCAAAAUGAUCAUAAUAUUUAUCUGAAAUUUUGGGGAGAAAAUAAAGUUUUCUAAUUCUAAGUUUAUUGAUUUUUACUUGAUGGCAGCAGUUCAGAAAGUUUAUGAAGAAAGUAUCGACCACAUCCUGGUCUUGUUUGCAUAAAAUCAACAUCCAUUUUUCUUCAUGUAGGAAAAUACAAGCCUCCUGACUUACCAGAGUUCCACAAAAGAACAGAUGAGCGAAACCAAAAUGGCGGGAAGCUUGGGGCAUUUUCUCGGACGGCUCGUGAAGUAAUACCCCCAUCAGCUAUCGAUAAUAAAUUCUUACCUUCUCUCACCUUUUAAUGAUGAAGGUGCCUGACCUCUCGUAUUUAUCACUCCCGUCAACCAAAUGACAUCUUAUCUCUCUCCCGUGGCUUUUAUUUGCCUUAACAAUAAGUCAGAGGGUGCGUUGGGCGUGCGGGGAAGCCAUCACUUUUGUCAGGUGAGAGGCUGAGGUGAGUCCGGUAAUGAAGGUGGCUGCCCGGUCCUCUUCCGUCGGGAAGAUAGGUGCGAGCGUCUAACGAGGCCUGAGAGCACGGGGUGCCUAUUAUAAGUCGUGACCAACCUUCUUCAGGCCCCUCACACCUCUCUGGGCCCUUUUUGGCUCUCCCCACAUCCCAUCAGCAACACCUUGGCCCUCAUUAGCAGGGCCCCGUUGCUCCCCUCUUCAAUCUAUUGCAUUUGGUGGCUGUGUGUUCUCCGCCGCUUCAGUACGCUUCCCAAGGGAUAAGCAUAUUUUGCUGUUUAUUUGACUUAUUUACAGGUCUAUUUCAGUAAAUUGCGUUUAGAUCUUACAGCUAAAGAAAACCCACGAUUCAGUUUCAGAAAAUCUGAAUAUUACUUAUUCAUGCAUAAAAGAAACGAUUUUAGUAGAGAAAUGUUAUUACUCAAGUCACUGAUACCCUCCACAAAGAUGGUAAAUCACAAGUGGUCUCUACUGCAUAAACUGCAUGUUUUGAAAACGGAAUCUAACUAUAUUAACAGAUAAUUAGGUGGAAGGAAAAAUGUGGUUGAAAAAGCCCCACAUGCAAGGAUAAUGGCAGCCUUGAGGAUUGUGAAGCAAAGUCCAUUCAUGAGCUUAGGAGGACAUUUACAAGGCUUGUUCAGAAUGUCCAGAACCACUGCAGAUGUAUCCACGACAACAGCUGCAACUGUUGGAUCGAGGUCACUGCAUCUGGAGGAACAGUGGAGAGGCUUAGCAUACGAGUCGCCUGUGGUCCAGUGUGAAGUUUCCACAGAGUUUAGUUGGGGUGUCAGGCUAUCUGCUGCUGUUGGUCCACUGCAGAUUAUCAGAUCCAAAGCAAGUCCAACCAUCUAUCAAGAAAUCUGCUGCUGACAGGACUUGUUGAGAUGCCGAAUUCAUUUUCCAGCAGCACUCGGCACCUGCUCACACUACCAAAAGUACCAGUACCUGGUUCUAAUGACCAGGAAGUGAUUGUGUUCACUGGACCAAACAAUGCAAGAAUGCUGAAGGUUGUCAUCAAAGCAGCACAUCAGCAGAGCUGAUGGUACAGUGGUACAAUAAUUUAUGCAAGUAGCCCUAGCCAAGAGUUGAGUACAUAGAUCUACUUUUCUUCCUUUUUUCUACCACCCUUUUACCUUGGUUUCAACUUUCCAGAUUGUUGAAAAUACUUGCGUACUGCCCUUGGA